AAAUACGAGCAAGGAUUCAUCACAGACCCCGUGGUGCUGAGCCCCAAUGACCGAGUGCGAGAUGUGUUUGAAGCAAAAGCUCGUCACGGAUUCUGUGGGAUUCCCAUCACGGACAACGGGAAGAUGGGGGGCAAGCUGGUUGGGAUCAUUUCAUCUCGAGAUAUUGAUUUCCUGAAAGAGUCAGAGCAUGACUUGCCUCUUGGUGAGAUUAUGACAAAGCGAGAGGAUCUUGUUGUGGCCCCGGCUGGCGUCAUGUUAAAAGAAGCGAAUGAAAUUCUGCAAAGGAGUAAAAAAGGCAAGCUGCCAAUCGUUAAUGAAGAUGAUGAGCUGGUGGCUAUAAUUGCCCGCACGGAUCUCAAGAAGAACAGGGACUAUCCUCUGGCUUCUAAGGAUUCCAAGAAGCAGCUGCUCUGUGGUGCUGCUAUUGGCACCCACGAAGAUGACAAGUACCGGCUGGACCUCCUGGUGCAGGCUGGCGUGGAUGUGGUCGUGCUGGAUUCCUCUCAGGGGAACUCCAUCUUCCAGAUCAAUAUGAUAAAAUAUAUUAAGGAGAAAUAUCCCAACCUACAAGUUAUUGGAGGAAACGUUGUGACCGCUGCUCAGGCCAAGAACCUCAUUGACGCAGGAGUCGAUGCCCUGAGAGUCGGGAUGGGCAGUGGCUCCAUCUGCAUCACGCAGGAAGUGCUGGCAUGCGGCCGUCCCCAGGCCACGGCGGUGUACAAGGUGUCCGAAUAUGCCCGGAGAUUUGGCGUCCCCGUGAUUGCGGAUGGAGGGAUCCAGACAGUCGGGCACAUUGCAAAGGCCCUCGCGCUCGGGGCCUCCACGGUGAUGAUGGGCUCUCUCCUGGCUGCCACCACGGAGGCCCCAGGUGAAUACUUCUUCUCGGAUGGCAUUAGGCUGAAGAAAUACCGUGGCAUGGGCUCACUAGAUGCCAUGGACAAGAACCUGGGCAGCCAGAACCGGUAUUUCAGUGAGACAGACAAAAUCAAAGUGGCCCAGGGGGUCUCUGGCGCAGUGCAGGACAAGUCCUGCCAGGAUAUUGGUGCCAAGAGCCUGACCCAAGUCCGAGCCAUGAUGUACUCGGGAGAGCUGAAGUUUGAGAAGAGGACGACGUCUGCGCAGGUGGAAGGAGGGGUGCACGGCCUCCACUCGUACGAGAAGCGCCUCUUCUGAAGGAGGGCUGUCUGCAUCUGUCACCGUGCCACCCUGCCCUGCGCCACCCUGUGCGGGAGCUGCUCUCGCCACAGAAGUGCCGUUACUCUGUAGGCUGCCUGGAGCUCCCUGCGUCCCUUGGCUGUGUCACCACCACCUGCAAGGGCCACCACCCACUGCCCAAGAGCAGCAAUCCCGAGCUGGCGGCUGGAGCCUUGCACGCGUUGGCCAUGUUUUACAAUAAAAGAGGAAAACGUGCAAUUGGUAUCA